AUAUGGCGGAGGGAGUGGAAGUGACGUUUUUCGAUCUGCGAGUGGUUCAUGAUCAUUUCGAUAAAGCCCUCAUUGAGGAUGAUGAUGUCAACAUCAGGGCUUAUCUCGAUGCCUACAACGAACUUUAUAAGUUCUUUCAACUUAUGGGAAGUGUUUUCAGUUUUGUUUCCGCCGAUUUGAAGCAGAAAAUUGAUAUUCUUAAUGAUUUAUUGAACAAAGAAGAGGAGAAGUAUCAGACUGUUAAGUCUAUGAUUGAACAUGAGAAGGAAAAUAACUUAUUGGAGAAGGGGGAUUACUCGAAUGGCGCUAGGACACUAUUGAGACUUCAUAGAGGAUUAGAUUUUAUUAGAGAAUUUCUGAGACAAUUGGGGGAUCUUUCCGAUGCUGAUAAGACAUCACGCUGUUGUCAGGAUGCUUACAACAAAACUCUAGCCAAACAUCAUCCAUGGGUCAUAAGAAAAACAGCUGUUGUUGCAAUGUACACGAUGCCCACGAGGGAAAUGUUGCUCAAGAAGGUGUGUGGAGAUAACGUUCAACGAAAUGUUGAUGUUUUACCAAAAAUGUUGGAAGUGACUGCCGACAUAUUUAAUCGUACCCAUAGUCUUUAUGAUCUCCACGAGCUGCACGAAUUACCUUAAAAGUGUUCCUAUAAUAUCAAAGAUUUGAAUUGGCAUCCGUGAAUGAUAAUUCAAUGUAUGCAUUCUCGUAUUAACCACGGAAUACCGAGAUCGAAUGGAGCUCCCAUAGCUUUAUUAAGCUUUUGUAUUAAUUUUUAAAAAAUCAAUGUAAAAAUAACAUUCCACGUAGUCCCACCAAUGUUCAUCACGCGUGAGAAAAAUCUCAUAAUUAUUCUUGGAUUUAAACUAACACUUUGCAUUGCGUGUAGUUCUCCUGUAAUGUGCAAUUUUCAAUUUGCCUUCUGCCCUUUUGCAAAUUUUCACAAUCUCCGUUGGUAAAUAAAAAUCGUCAGGAUAUAGUAAUUUGUAUUUUUUUUUACAAGGAAUGUAAUGAAGGGGACAGUACAAUUUCAAUGAUAAAAUAUCAGUGAUGGUUAUUGUGAGUAUUGUU